AAUUGACGUUUGUUUUCUCAGCUAGGGUCGGUGCAAAAUUGGGUACAAAUAAAACGUCAGAAAGCUUAUCUAAAUCACACUUUUCGGGAAAAGUGCCCCAGAAUCGCUAAUAGAGUUCGGUGCUUGACGGUUUAGCGCCCCGUUUUGUGGAAAGUCGCCCCUAUUUUGGAAUUUUGUGACAAAGAACUGGACUUUCGAGUGGUUCUAGUUGGCCAAGUAUGACAGGUCACGCACAUUGUGCGACUCACGUCUAGUUUGCUCGUGUUGUGACAUUUUGGGAAAAGUACAAGUCGAUGGUUGUGUAUUACACCUGAAAUAAGCCGUUUUCACCUCAGGACUCUGUACUUCUUACAAUGAGCGAUGACGAUCGGGAUAUUGACGUCGAAAGCGAUGAAGGUGACGAUUCGGAUUCCCGGCAGCCAACCCCCAGCAGACAAUCCACUGGAAGCCAGUAUUACUCACAGGCUGAGAAGCGGGCGCACCACAACGCGCUGGAAAGGAAACGGCGAGACCACAUAAAAGACAGUUUUAGCAGUUUGCGAGACUCUGUUCCUGCUCUCAACGGCGAAAAAGCCAGUCGAGCGCAAAUUUUGAAGAAAGCUGCAGAAUAUAUAGUAUUCAUGAGGAAAAAGAACCAUUCCCAUCAGCAGGAUAUUGAAGAUCUCAAGAGGCAAAACAGUCUUCUGGAAGCGCAGAUUGCAGUUACAGUUCGUACCUUGGAAAAGGCCAAAAGCACGGGUUCUUUUGGAGGGGAAUCUUCCGACGGUAAAGAUUCAAAUUACAAUGAAACCGAAUCGGAUACUUCAGACUUGGAAGGGUCUGUUCAACCCAGAAGGCCAAAGAAACAAAAAAUUGGAUCUUACCACUAGCAGAAGUUGAGCUGAUGGUAAUUGAAACUCGUUUCGUUUUUACUUUAACACUUCAUGUUUAACGUAGUUAGGCAGACUAAAGAAGAAACGAGAUUUGAAAACUUGACUCUUCUUAAUGCGGUGAAACCGUCCGCAUAUUUUUGUCAGUACAAUUCAGUAGUUUGUAACAAUUAGUGAAGACAAAGUGGAUCUUCAGUCAUCUCUAAAUGUCAAAAUAACAAUGUUUUAUUAAGUUUUUUUACAGUUGUUUUUUUGAACCAACUACAUUUUACGGAUUAAAGAGCUAUUGUGUAUAAAAAUAUAAAUAUUUGUAGUUUAUUUUCUUAUUGUUUGUAGUUAAAUCACAAACUCACUUUGUUUGUAUGUUAAAUGUAAGUUUAUUAAAUUAAUAAAAGUAUGUUCUUGAA